GAAAAACAAGAAGUUUUAUUUUGAUUGUGCGCCACUUGUUUUUAUUAAAUCUGUGUAUUUCAUUUGUUAAAGUUAAAACUAAAUAGUGUAAGUGAAGAAAACUUGACCGUUCGUGUUCCUCUGAAGAAACAUAGUCAAACGGUCGGACUCAGCUUUUUUUUCCUGCUGCGAUUGCGGGUUUAUGUCGUGUUUGUGUAGUGCCGUAGUGUUUGGUGAUGCUAACUCACGCAAGGAAUUCAUCUUCAGCUUCCAGUACGGUUUUGUAACAUUACCGUUGAAGGAAAUCCAGCGAAUAAAUUGGACACCAAAUGCGGUCGUCCUCUGGAAGUUACCGUUCAUAUGAAGGUGAAUUGCGAAUUACCCGUUACUCUGAUAAUCAUGGAUUCCUGACGGUGUUCGCGUAUGUAUCCGGGUUUGGAGCACGGCAUCGGCGCUGGUAUCGACUGCAUGGUCAUGUCCUUCGCUAUUGGACCAAUCCUGAUGAUGAAAAACGAUUUGCAGAAGUGCGCUGCACUCAGAAAGUAACUAUUGCACCGAGACUGGUAUGCUCUCGAUUGAGCAAAUUAUUAUUACAAUUUCGGCGUCCAGCAUCGCCGGAUGAUGUUGAAUCGCUGGUACUAGCAACGCAAGGCAAUACUGCUAUACAGUGGUAUUUGCUAUCAGCUGAUUGUUGCGACGAGUGGUGUGCUCAUCUUAAUAAAACACUUGCUCUGCUUGAAGCCUGGGGACAGACCGAUAGCAGUACUAGUUGCAAAAUACGUUGAAUCUGCUUCAUAUUCAUAUGUUUUCUGUACAGUUGCCAUUGUUAGUAGUAUGAUUAUUAGUGAGUUAGUUAGUAGUAGUAGUA